AUGGUCGAAGACAUUCAAUCCCGCCGCGAAGCCGACUACCAGCGCUUCAAGAACUACGCCGCCCUAACCUUCCUCGUCACCUCCCCGAUUCUCAUCGCCCUACCCCCGCGGAAACUCGACCACCUCACCGUCCUGCUCACAGGCGCCUUCUGCAUCUCCGCAAACCACCUGACCUAUGAACGCACAGGCCGCAGCAUCAUGGAGCGUCUCGAGUCGCGCCUUUCCCGGCCCUCGGCGAUCAUCUCGGAUUUGCCUAGUGAGCGCGCGCAGGAGAUCCAGGCACGGGUGCGCGCGAGUAGAGAGAAACAAUUGCGGGAAGGAGGACUUAACGAGGAGGAGAUUGAGAGGUUGAGGGCGAGGCAGACGCAGGAGAAGGGGAUUGCGGAGAGGGUUUGGAUGGGUGGGGAGGAGGAAGGGUGGAAGCAGAGGAGAUUACGAGAGGAGGCGGAGGCGUUGGCGGAGGGGAAGGGGUAUGGGGAUCUGAUUAAGGAGCAUGUUUCGGAUGUAUGGAGAUGGGGAAAAAAGGAUAAUGACUCGAAGGAGUGA